AUGCCCGACUAUGGCUUCUAUUCCUGGCCGGAACCUAAGGUCGGCAGGAUGGUCAAGGUGCACGAUAAAACCGCCAAACGCGAGGCUUCCUUGUCUUGGGAUUCCAGAAUCUCCAAGGUGUUUUGGAGGGGCGCUAUUGUCGUUAAAUUGCGUGAACAAUUACUGGAAGUAUCAAAAGGCAAAUUGUGGAGUGACAUCAAGCUGAUUGUCUGGCAAAACUUGAAUGGCAGACUCAAGAUGCCCGAGGAUCAUUGCAACUACAAGUUCCUGGUCCAUACCCGAAGAAUAUGCGUAUUCAGGCCCUGCUGA